GACAAUUCGUAAUUGUGUGUGUGUACAAAAUGGCACAGAAUGCAAUCACAAUUUGUGAGAUUUGUACUCAAGCGCCAGGAAGCUGGGUAUGUGUUGAAUGUGAACAAACAUUUUGUCAUAACUGUAAAUCGAUGCAUCUUAGGAUGAAACAAUCCCGUGCUCACACGUUUAAUGAACAAGGACCAAGACAUAGCAUACAAAACGUGUGUAGUUCACAUAGUUUGGAAUAUAUUUACUUUUGUGAGAAUUGCAAUACAUUAGCGUGCAAUACAUGUAUUGUUAAGAAGCACAAGGGUCACGAAAUGGCUACAAUUUCCGAUGCCUCUCUAGAAAAGAAACGUGAAAUUUCUGAUAUAAUCGCCUUUUAUUUAGAGAAUAUUAAAAAUCAACAAAGGGUUGGAGAUACUGUUAAAGAAAAAUUGGCAAGUCUUAAAUCGGAAAGUGAUAGAAUUGCAGACGGCAUCAUUAAUCGAUGUAGCAUGCUUCAUUCCAAAAUAGACAAGGACGAUCACGAAGCCAUCGGUCAUAACAUACCAGAGAAGCCAAAUAUUUCAAGAAUCAAAUAUUAUGAAGAAACCACUGAUGAAAAUUGGAUUAAUUUGACUAUUCAAAACUUAUUCGGAACUUUAGAAAUUACAAGUGAAACGUCUAUCGAAUCUAAGCCUGGUGGUGACUGUAAGCAACAAUAACGAAUAUUGCCCUUAUUUGUAUAUACAUGUACUAGUAUAGAUUUUAAGUAUGGUUUGAUGAUUAAAGGUUUUAUAUUUU